CGCCCCACUCGGGCUCCUUGACCAUUCUGCUCACGCAUUCAGUCUAGCGUAGCUGUCCCUGUUCAGCAUUCGCAAAACUCAUCAGUCUCGGAGUAGCAACAUCCUAGCACCAGCAGCGAGCAUGUCCCCCAUCCACGACUUUCCCGCCGAGUUCAAGGGCGACCUCAUCACACCCGACCACCCCGACUACCCGAAGGCGAUCUCCCGCUGGGCACUGAACGCGAAGCGCAACGCAGCGAUGGUCGCGUUCGUCAAGGACACAGAGGACAUCUCCCUCGCUAUCAAGUACGCGUGCGCGCACGGCCUAGAGAUCGCGAUCAAGGGCGGCGGACAUAACCCGGCAGGCGCGUCUUCGACCGAGGGAGGUCUCGUCAUCGACCUCCAUCGCUACCUCAAUUAUUCCCGCGUAGACCCAGCGAAGAGGAUUGGCUAUGUCGGCGGCGGUGCGGUAUGGGAAACCGUAGACAAGGCCGCGAUCGAACAUGGCCUUGCGACCGUCGGUGGUACUGUAAACCACACGGGUGUUGCUGGCCUGACGCUUGGUGGGGGCUAUGGCUUCCUCUCCCCGACUCACGGUCUCGCCCUCGACAACGUUCUCGGGGUGAGUCUCCCUCAGCUUCUUGCGCAGACGCACUGUUUGUUCUUGCCUCCACAGGCAACAGUCGUCCUCGCAAACGGCUCGAUCGUCACCGCGAACGAAACCGAAAAUCCCGAUCUCUUCUGGGGCAUCCGAGGCGGCGGGUCCAACUUCGGCGUCGUCGCCGAGUUCGUCUUCCGCCUGCACCCCCAGCGCCGCACCGUCUUCGCCGGCCGCGCCCUCUACCACCGCCGCCAGCUGGAGGCGCUGAUUUCAGCCACAGCGGAGUGGUGGGACAGCCCCGGCGACAGGUCUGCCCAGAUCCAGGCCGCGACAGUCGGCCCGGAUGGGCAGCCUGCGAUGGCCGUGAUCAUGUUCUACAACGGCUCGGAGGCGGAGGGUCGGGCGUUCUAUCACAGGUUCUUCGAUAUCGGACCCGUACUGGACCAGGUAAAGGAGAUCCCGUACGAGGAUGUCAAUUCGCUGCAGAACGCGAGUCUGUACCACGGCCAAGGGGUGUACUUCAAGGGGGCUGCACACCGGAGACCCGACUACGAGACCGUGCUCAGGGCAUUCGAUCGCGCCGCUGCGCUGAACGCCGGACCGGGCCCGAACCCCAGAGUCAUCUUCGAGUACUACCCUCUGCAGCGGAUCACCUCGCACGACAGCGGGGAGACACCCUUCCGCCGCGACUGCAUCCCCUCCGCCCUGGUUGUCGCGCUGUGGGGCGAGGAUACGCAGGAGAACUCGACGCGCGGCCGCGAGAUGGUCUACGAGCUCAUCGGGCUCCUCAAGGACGCGAACCCGCAGCUGUCCGAGGAGGAGAAGGCGGGGUAUAGCAAUUACGACGACGAUGCGGUGUCGAAGGGCGCGGCGGAGAAGGCGAGGCUUGUGUUCGGCAAGCAUUAUGCGCGGUUGCAGGAGGUGAAGAAGAGGUAUGAUCCCGAGAAUGUGUUCCACAAGUGGUUCCCUAUCACUCCCGGUGCGUAGUUACUAGUACAUGUACCAGUGAUCGAUUACCCUGGCUACAAACUCAGCGGGAGUUAAGAGGGACCCGCGGCGUCCUGCCAGUGCAUACUUCAAUUGUUCUCGCCGCCGUGACUUUUGUGUUAUAAGGAUCCUCAUGUUGCAUCGGAGCGGGGGUGCCCCCUACA